GGGCGUGGGCGUUUCUUGUUGGGCGCGUAUUGUCUCCGAGCCCUUCACCUCUGUCAUUGGAUUCUCUUGCCUCAACAAAGAGGCACAGUAGGUUCCCACGUGCCCUCGACCAUACAAAGGACCUUCCUUCUGAACCACGAAAUCUGUUUCUUGAAUCUCUAUUGAAGAGUGUGAGUAUCUUAUUUCAUUGAUUCCUAGGGCGUCAGACCCCUAGUCGUGCAUCAUUCGCAACAGAGGUUAAUUAACAUCAAUUCUGGUUAUAUUGUUCCAUGAAAGAAAUGCAGAUAAACGCAUCGCACGAAGGUUACCGCAUUUCUCAAGGCAGCCCCGGCGUUAUUGAACGAACUCCUAAGACCGUUCCAAUGACAUCGUUUCAGGACCUUCAGACUGAGUAUAUCAACUUCAGAAGCUCCAAGCCAGAAACUUCUCUUCUUACUUUGCCGCCAGAGCUGCUGCUCAUCAUUAGCGAAUACCUUGCUUUCCGGGAUCUCCUGAACUUCAAGCUUGUUUGCAAACAGCUGAACGCCUGCACCAAACAAGUCGACAAACACGAUGCUUCCAAGAAUUGCGCCCGGAGGUUUCACGGACUGUCGAAUGCAGCUGACAUUACGUCCCUCAGACUAUGCAUUCUAUGUACCCCAAAGGUGCAUCUACGGCCAGAGGCGUUCAAUUCAUCGACUAGUCCUGCAAUCAUAGCGGCCUCUGAUCGCUCUGGAAAUAGUAUUGAUGUCGUUAAACUACCGAUGCAUGUUUGUUCGCGCCAUGUAUCAGGCUUGUUGACCAACGUUGUUACAACUACCGAUGACUCGAGGAUCAUACCUGGAUGGUAUUCCCACAUCGCGAAAUUCUGUCGCCACUGUCAACAAAUUUGGCACAUCGAGAACAGAAAUAAAAGUAAAUGCACAUGCAACUGCAAAGUAUGCUCCCCGAAGGAGGAUAUUAGGGUAUAUACCCGCUACUACAGGCCUGGAGAGCCAUUUUGUGCCUACUCUCUUGGCUUAUAUCCGGAAGACAUUGCCUUAGAUGGGCCUCCAACGCCAUCUCAACGACGGAAACAAACACAUCCCAUGGAAAGGCGAUUGUUUGUUCGGGAAAAGAUUGAAACUGAGAACAGAGAUGGCUAUUGGCCUCGUACAAGAUACAUCGACCGAGACAUCAAGAUCACUGAUAAUGGAGAAAGCUGGACUCCGGAAUUGGAAGAUCCUACUUGGUUCGAUGACAUUCUUACUUCCCAUCACAACUUCACUGGACCGCCCUGUCCGGAACAUGAUAGAUGUGUUGCCGUUUGCUCUAAGCGGUCUGUAAAACCUGGGCUCGAUUAGCCAGGGGUAGUUUUGCAGAGUCUCUACAAGGGAACGUUCACAAGCCAAUUGGUUAUUCU